CCCGAUCCGACAUUCGUUUCUCUUCAGCUACUGCUCUACAACAUACCAUUUUCUCACCUCUCUUUCGUCUCUUUCUCUGCCUGUUGUUCAGUACACUUUUUUUUUGUUACCCUCCCCUCUCUUCUCGGUCACUGUAAAUAUUAUAUAUCAAAGAUGCUUCCCGUUAUGGCUGCCCGUCAACGCGCUUUCACACAUGCGCUUCGUGCUCUCAACAGCUCUUCUCGCUAUUACAGCCAACAGAAGCAGACUGUGUCCCUUCAGAACCUCGAGACCCGUUGGAAGACUCUAGCGCCAGCCGAGAAAAGUAUCAUCACCAAGCACUUGGAGGAACUUCAAACAAAAGACUGGAAGACUUUGUCUCUUAAAGAGAAAAAGGCUGUCUACUAUGUCGCUUUUGGUGCUCAUGGUCCGAGAGAACCGCUCACACAGCCAGGUCAUGCGUCCAAGGUUGUUGCCGGUGUCAUCGGUGUAUUGACUGUUUCUUCAGGCUUAAUGUACCUUACCCGAGCAUAUGGUGCUGAGACUCCCCACACCACGUCUCCAGAAUGGAGAGAAAAGACCAACGAGUAUCUUCGUAGCCAAAACUCGAAUCCCAUUCACGGCAUCUCGUCUGAAGGUUACAAGGGAAAGGGCUAUUAAUUGCUGUCACAACAAACUUCUGUUACUACAAAAAAAUAAAAAGUCUAUAUAUUACAUACACGUUCGUAGUAUUCCCAUGCCAGAGGAAUUGCAUCCACCAAGGUUCUAUAUAUACAAACAUACCUAGCAU